GCGGGACUGCUCAGGGGACAGUGCUACCUCGGUCUCAGCCGCCUGGUCAAAAAUUGCAGGCCGUGCAGGGUCGCCGCGAAGACAGCGGCCAUGGCGCGGGUGCUGAUCGUGGGCGCGGGGCUAACAGGAAGCUUGUGCGCUGCGCUGCUAAGGAAGGAGGCGGCCGGUCCUUUACAUCUUGUUGUGUGGGACAAAGCUGGGGACUCAGGGGGAAGAAUGACCACCGCCAGCAGCCCUCAGAACCCACAGAGCACGGUCGACCUGGGUGCCCAGUACAUCACGCGCACUCCUCACUAUGCCAAAAAGCACCACAGUUUUUAUGACGAACUGUUAGCUCUUGGCAUUUUGAAGCCUCUGACCUCUCCUAUCGAAGGAAUGGUGGUGAAAGACGGAGACCGGAACUUUGUGGCUCCUCAAGGAAUUUCUUCAAUUAUUAAACAUUACUUGAAAGAAUCAGGUGCUGAUAUCUGUUUCAGACAAUGUGUGACCCAGAUCAACCUGAGAAAUGACAAGUGGGAAGUCUCCAAGGAAACAGGCUCCCCUGAGCAGUUUGAUAUUGUUGUCCUCACGAUGCCCGUUCCUCAGAUUCUGCAGCUUGAAGGUGACAUUGCAAACUUAAUUAGUGAAUGCCAAAGGGAGCAACUGGAGUUGGUGAGCUACUCCUCUCGCUACGCUCUGGGCCUCUUUUAUGAAGCUGGCACGAAGAUUGAUGUCCCUUGGGCUGGGCAGUACAUCACCAGUAAUCCCUGCAUACGCUUCAUCUCCAUUGAUAAUAAGAAACGCAAUAUAGCAUCGUCGGCAAUCGGGCCUUCCCUCGUGAUUCACACCACUGUUGCAUUUGGAGUUGCACACUUGGAACACAGCACGGAGGAUGUGCAGGAGUUAAUCUUCCAGCAGCUGGAGAACGUUUUGCCAGGCUUGCCUCAGCCAGUUGCUACCAAAUGCCAGAAAUGGAGACAUUCACAGGUUACAAAUGCUGCUGCCAAAUAUCCUGGCCAAAUGACUCUUCAUCUCAAACCUUUCCUCGUGUGCGGAGGGGACGGAUUUACUCAGUCCAACUUUGAUGGCUGCAUCGCUUCUGCCUUAUGUGUUCUGGAAGCUUUAAAGAAUCAUAUUUAGUAUUUGUAUUCUUUUAAUUUGUAUUCUUUGUGUUUCUUUUAAUUUUUUAUUUCAGCUUACAUACGAUAUUAUGACUUUCAGGAAUACAACAUAGUGAUUACACAUUUAUAUAACUUAAAAAGUGAUCACGCAAAUAAGUCUAUUUAGUAUCUGUGUUCUUAUCUUCUACAUGUACUUUGGGUUUUGGAUUUCACACUUCUCUGUUAUUGGUUGUUUUGUUUUCUAUUUUGAUGAGAGAAAUUACCAAAAAAUUGUUCAUGUUUGUCAUUUUUUUAUGGAGUAUAAAAUCAAUUUUAAAAUUUUGAUAGUUACAACCCACACUACAAUAAAAAUUUUUUGGACUUUCUACCUUUUGCCACUUUUCUGAGUUGCCAUGACUACUUCUUGAUGGACCAAAAUUAGUGCUUAAGAAUAACAAAUGACCCUCCAAAAAAAUUAGGUGAAAUCACAGUAACAACUCAUGUUCCCAAACCUUUAUUAUUCUUUUGAAAAUUUUGCUUUCAAAUAAAGAAUAACCAUUAUCAAAGCCUGGUUUUUAAUCUUCAAGUGUACCCUUGAUUCAGUAUUUUUGCAGCCUGCUGAACUACAACAUUCCUCCAAACUGUGAAUAAUUUUGGUUUCUUAUUUUUCUCCCAAGUCAUUAAAUAAUCCUGAAUUGUAGGUCAGCUGUGUCCUCAUCUCUGAGAGAGCAACUUGACUGAUGAAGUAACCUCUCUUUAAAUUGUCAGAAAAGAACCAGAUUCAACAGGAUUUUCCAAGUCACACAGUGCUUUUUAACUUUGAAAAUAAGGCUUAUUAUGACAAAUGAAAAUUAAAUGGAAACUGAGAGAAAAUAUGUUGCUCUCUACCUUAUGUUAUCUCUCAUGGCUACUGCUGUUACAUUUAUGUGCAUUCCAGCAUGUGAUGUGGCAUUAAGACUGCGUCAGGUUUAGUGAAUUUAAUGCAACCAAAAAAUGUGUUGAACCAGAAAUUAGAUGUACUUAAAGUAGUUCAAUAUUUGCCAACAUAUUGGUUCAGCGACCCACAUGGUUCAGUGAAAACCCGGUGACUUGCUGGCUGGAGAGAAAUUGGUUCUCAGCCUUCCAAACAAGCUACCUGUUGCUAAUUGGAAGAGCAAAAUGGUAAGUUCUAUUUUAUCAUUUGGAAAGUAAAGGAAUCGUUGUAGCCUCUCAAACUAAGAAAAGUCUAACAAAAGACUUCUUAUCUUCGUAGCAACCUUAAGCUUCACACCGACAUGCCCACUGAUCAUACAUACACACGGGCUUUGGAAGAACUUACUUAUACAGCUACAAAGUGGGUUUCGUGAUUCUGGGGAGUAUUAUGUGUCCUUUUAGCAACUGGUUGAUGAAAAACAGAAAUGCCUAUGUAUAAUGUCAUUUAUUUUUGAACACAGAGAAAGAAAAGGGAAAUUAAUGUAAUUUCUGCUAUGAUAUCAUUAAAAAAAUACUGAGACUUCUUUCAUCA